CUUUGUUGUUUGGCAUCCGGGUUGUUUGUGGCUCCGAAGGGAAAGGGAGGGAGUUGAGACAAGAACAAUGAGAUUCAGGAGGGGGUGAGCAUGGUCAGGCUCAGCUAUUUAAGGGCCGUCAAUGUCCCCCCAAUGCCCUCCUCACUAUCAUCAUCAUCCAAAUCCUCUCUUCUCCCUCUGAGCUCCUCUGGAUUUUACUUCCGAUCUAUCCACUUUCCUUCUUCCACAGUCCACUUUCUUUUGUACUGAUUGUCCACCCUAUCUUAACCUCAUUUCAUAUCUAUACAAAAUGGCCGACCUCCAGCCCCUCCGCAUCGUCUUCGCCUGCGAUGAAGCCGGCCAGCCCUACAAAGAAACCCUCAAAGCCGCCUUCGAAAAGAACCCCCUCAUCGCCUCCAUCAUUGAUGUAGGCGUCGACUCCACCUCCGACAAAACCGCCUACCCACACCCCGCCGUCGCCGGCGCCAAACUCAUCCGCGAAGGCAAAGCGGACCGUGGUCUCUUCAUCUGCGGAACCGGUCUGGGUGUCGCCAUCUCCGCAAACAAGGUUCCCGGAAUUCGUGCCGUGACCGCCCACGACUCGUUCUCCGUUGAGCGGUCCAUCCUGAGCAACGACGCUCAGGUGCUCUGCUUCGGUCAACGAGUUAUUGGCAUCGAGUUGGCGAAGAAGCUGGCUUCGGAAUGGGUUACCUACCGCUUCGAUCCGAAGAGUUCUUCUGCUGCUAAGGUCCAGGCUAUCUGUGACUAUGAGGUGGAACUUUCUGCUGCUGCUCAGUAAUGCGGACUAUGAGUACAUGCGUUGACGAAUAUACGAUUAUACGUUCGAACGCUUAAGCCUCGUCUCCUUGAUAAAACUUGGUUUGCGAGACGAUUGUAUAGAUACAAUAUCCGGAUGGUGCCAUUUUCAGCCCUCUUCAACAUUUUGAUUAUUAGCGUUAUGAUACCACGACUAUGGUGAAUUUGGCUGGCCGAAUCUUACUUUCUUCCGUAUAUAGUUGAAUAUAUUUUCGAUCUACAAAGUACAAAUGCACCGAUACGUUCUGGAUUAUUUUCUAGAACGACCGUAGCUUUCCUCUUCAAGGCACUGCAAUAU